GAGUGUACUUUAUAUAGAAAUAGAAGAGAGGACCGAUAUUAGAAAGUCUAGACCAACAACGCCUGCAAGUAUGGCCAUCAAUGCAUGGAGGAAUGCAUGUAGGCCACCUUCCUCGCUUUUCCCGGCCAUUUUUCUGCAGCUCAGCUCCUCGUUGUUGACGAUGACAUAAAUUCUGCCGUCUUAUCACAUCAGUUUUUUAAUCCCAUGCUGACAUCUAGCAGUAUUGCGAACGAAAUUCAGAAACUGCAUCACGAUUCACGCAUGGACCUCUCGCUAUCUUAAGAAGAGGAGUCAUUUGAAGCCUAAGGAAACGAAUUGCAGGCGCGUAAGCAUUUGAAACUCUGAAGGGAUUGUGGUUGCGCAGGGGUAGGAGAUGAGGCGUCCCUCUCCGCUGAGUUUACUGAUAUUUGCAUUUGUUGGCGGAAAUCUGCUCAUGGCCAUCUCCUCUAACGCAAGAAGAGCCAAGAACACCACAGAUCCUGGUUAUGGGAGCAUUGAGUUAAACGGCAGGAGACUAAAGGAACGAUACUCUUUUACUAUCCGAAAGACAAGGGAGCUGGAAAAUAUUAGGACGGAUGAUUACCUACCUAUGGAUCCGAGCCCAAGCUCCAAAGCCACUAUCAGACCAGGUCCAAUUGAGCACGGCACACCUAUUCUUCCUUAUGUGCCACGGUACCCACCACCUUCUGGUCACCCUAAGGAUGUGCCUGCUGCUGAAUCCCCUGGAUCCCCAUCCACUUAGAUGCACGCUGAAAUCAUCCAAAUCUGCUAUAACCCCAAUGUGGUCAAAAUCUGCUUUUGUUAUGAUAUUAUGAUGGUUUACUACCGUACCAUACUACCAUAUGUCUGAAAUGUAAGUGUUUUGGGUUUACUACCUAAUGCUUGAGUGAUGCAAUAUGUUCUGGUCUGUUCAUGAUUGAAUCA